AUGUCAGACGUGAGAGACUGGUUCAAUUCUCUACCGAUAUUUACGAGAUAUUGGUUGCUGUGUACCGCGAUCUUAACAUUACUCGGCAGAUUUGGAUUUUUGAGUCCACAUUCAUUAAUACUAUGGCCUGAUCGAUUUCUGAACAAUUUUGAAAUCUGGAGAGCAGUGACGAGCGUUUUCUACUAUCCGCUCAGUCCAGGUUCAGGAUUUCAUUUUUUGAUUAAUUGCUAUUUCCUAUACAAUUAUUCGCUGAGGUUAGAACGCGGGGAGUACGAUGGAAAACCAGCGGAUUAUUGUUUUCUCUUGUUAUUCAAUUGGAUGUGCUGCGUUAUUAUUGGACUUAUCGGCGAUUUUUCCUUGCUCAUGGAUCCCAUGGUGCUCAGUGUGUUAUAUGUAUGGUGUCAGCUGAAUAAAGAUGCCAUUGUAAACUUCUGGUUUGGUACACAAUUUAAAGCCAUGUAUCUGCCAUGGGUUUUGUUUGGAUUCAACUUGAUCAUUUCUGGUGGUGGAAUGAUGGAGCUGUUUGGCAUCUUGGUCGGACAUCUUUAUGUAUUUUUGAAGUUUAAAUAUCCUCAAGAGCUUGGUGGCCCGGAAUUACUUAACACUCCAAAGAUACUUGAAAAUUAUUUCCCUCCUCAAAGAAGUGGAGUUCGAUCAUUUGGUACUGCACCAACAUACAGACCACCAAGGGAACAAAACGCUCAAGGAAGAAAUGUGUUUGGAGGACAUAACUGGGGAAGAGGUCAUGUGUUGGGUCAAUAAUUUAAGAAAAUUUAUUUAUAAAAUCAUUGAAUGAAAGAAAUUUUCUGUUUACUUAUUCUGCGAUCUAUGAUCAGUAUAUAAGAGCAACACUCGUUUUCUGACGUCUGAAUUAAUCCAUUCUUCCAAGUAUCUUUUUAAACUUUUAUAUAACUUGAAGAAUUAAAAACCAUGAAUUCAAUAUAUAUGCAUGUUAAAGCAACUUAACACCUUGAGGACUGUAAACACAAAUUUGUGUUCAUGUGCAAUUUAUUUAUAUUCUAGCGAAAUGUUAUAUAGCAAAUAACUGAAUUGCAUUGUAUAAGUUUUUAUUAAAAAAGUUAUAAUUUUAUUUGGCUAUGCGUAAUAUAUACUUGUAUAUUUGAAGACCUAAACAUUCCACAUAUAUAUGAUAAAAUAUUCCAAGACGAUGCCACAUGGUGAACAAACACAUCGGUCCUUAAUGUGUUAAUAGCAAAUAAUAGACUAUUAUAAAUAUAAAAGAAUAGAGAAAAAUUAUUUAAAAAUAUCAUUAUGAAAUCAAAAAUAUUCACAGUAUGUUCUAAUAAAUGGAUAAAUCUGAUAUAAAUUAUAGAGCAAGAGGACAAAAGACAUUAAAAGGAAUUAUAAAAUGUUUAAUCCUUUUUUUUCUCUCUUCUGAUCACUGAUAACUAAUUGUUGAUUGCACUCGAUAAUGAAGUAUGCUCAUCAGUAAACUUGUAUAUAUAAUUUUCUGUACAUUUACAUAAUAAAUAGAAUAUAGAAAAUUUGA